AUGAAUGAAGAUGAUAUUCUCUUUGCUCAACCACAGGUAUCGUCCUCACGGAGUGGUGAAGGAUAUUUAAUGGAUGUGACAACCACUGCAAUAACUUCAGAACCAUCGAAGUCUGAGGCUAGCAAAUGGCAAGGAUCACCACUGGAUAGUGUUUCUGCUGAAAGUAAGGCCGCUGACGUUAAGGGGGAAACUUCCGAUCCAGUGCAACUGUGGGGUGACACUCAACAAAGUAAGAAUGAAAAUGGAGAUUGGGAUGAUGGUGAUGAUUUUGGUGAUUUUGUGGAAAGUGCACCUUGCGUUUCAGAGGCCUCCGCCCGUCCAUCAGCGGCGGUUGGGGCCCAUAGUGAAAAGGUGGACGAAUGGGGAGAAGCCGUCGAGGCAGCAACCGCGUCGAAUGUGGCGGUUCAAGGUAUUGAGAAAGAAGAACCCAAAAACGAAGCAACUUCCAAGAAUGUUGGAAUAACGGGCUCGGCGGUUGCUUGGGGACGGUGCGAUACCACUAGUGGAGGUAUAUCGCACAAAGACCCCCUUUCAAUCACGUUCAAUGGUACGUCAAGUGGUAAUACCUUCGGUGCGCAAACCUUUACAAGCAACAACACUUAUGGGAGCGCCAACAACAACAGUCCUGGCGUUGACGAUGAUGAGUGGAUGGAUUUUCAAGAAAAUGGUCCUACCACCGUGCAACCUAGUAAACCACUGUCUGCUACGUCAACUAGUGCUUCUUUCCCAAUGGACUGUGGGUUGGCCGGAUCACUUUCUCUUCUUAGUGGGGGAGGAAAUUUUGAAUUUGAGCAAGAUUUUGAUACAGCGUUGUUAGCGAAACAACUUUUCAGCUUUACGGGAUGCACGGUGGACACUUCUGCAGGCGCAAACAGGAAGAUGGAUUACCACACGAACACAUGGGCACUAGAGGGUACAAGUAACCAGCGGGAAAGCUAUUCAGCUGGUGAUAUUGUUACAGCGAUGAUGGAAGCAUUCUUCUUCAGGCGGCGAAAAAUUGACAAAAAUGUUGCAGGCACCUUUCAGGGUGUGGGAACGUUGUUCGUUUCCCACAUCAGUGAAAUGGCAGCCCGUAAACUGCGUAACUCAACACAGUCUCUCCAAAAUAUGAAUCUUGGGGCCACAAUGGGAGGAAAAAUGGAAGAAAGGUGGGAUGUGAUUGGGGACGUUGACCCCGUAACUGCGGUUCGUAUUGCUGAGCUUCACACCAUUCGGUUCUUUAGCAACACAGAUUCCUUUCUGCUACAGCCAAUGGAAGCACAAACGUGGCAGGUGGCGAAAGGGCCGAUACCCAUCUGUGAUGUCAUUGCGAAAGUGAAGGCACUAAACGCCGAACGACAGAAGCAACAGCAGUACCAGUCUGUGACUGAUGUAACAGCGGACCUGUGGACUGUGCACCCGCUUUUACCCACGCCACAUAUUGGUGGCAGUGUCUCACCUGCACCGUCUUUGCAGCUUCCGUUCUGA